AUGAUUAUGGUUAGACAGCGUAUAAAUUGUAAUGCGCCUUUAUUUUCAACAGCUGAUUACGAUUUUAUUAUGCAACGUGAAAAUGAAAGGCCGAGAAAGAAAGUUUUAGAUGAAUUGAUGGAUAAAUAUAAGACAUCAAUGAAGCGCAUAUAUCAGAUUUGGAGAGGCGAAGAAGCUAAUAGAAUUGCCUGGAAUCAACCAAUAGCUGAUAUUUCUAAUACUACAUAUGCAGGUGGGUGUUUACCUGUAGUAAACUACGACCUACCUCCUGCUAUUUCCUCUCCACCUGCCUUACCACUGAAGAAAAAUAGCCGAAAAAAGAAAACAGGUAAAAUAAGUGUAGCAUCUACUGAGACAGAGACAGAGGUGCUUUCACAGUGCAAUGCUAAUACCACUGAUAAUACUGAUAAUAUAUCUAAAAUGGGAUCUGAACUUGAAGAGGUAUUAAAACAAAUGAAUAAUAUUAAAUAA